AUGGCGGCCACCGCCAGGAGCGCGGCCGCCGCCGCCGCGGCCACGGGCCGGUUCCUCGCCCUGCUGCUGCUGCUCGGGCUCAUGGCGCCCACCGCGGCGCUGGCCGGCUACAUCGAGGCUCUCGCAGCCAAUGCUGGAACAGGAUUUGCUGUCGCUGAGCCUCAGAUCGCAAUGUUUUGCGGGAAGUUAAAUAUGCACGUGAACAUUCAGACAGGGGAAUGGGAACCUGACCCAACCGGCACCAAGAGCUGCUUUGGAACAAAAGAAGAGGUUCUUCAGUACUGUCAGGAGAUGUACCCAGAGCUACAGAUCACCAAUGUGAUGGAGGCCAACCAGCCAGCCAGCGUGGACAACUGGUGCCGGCGGGACAAAAAACAGUGCAAGAGCCACGUUGUGAUCCCGUUCAAGUGUCUCGUGGGUGAGUUUGUGAGCGACGUGCUGCUGGUCCCAGAGAAGUGCCAGUUCUUCCACAAGGAGCGGAUGGACGUGUGCGAGAACCACCAGCACUGGCACACUCUGGUCAAAGAGGCCUGUCUGACCCAGGGGAUGACCUUGUACAGCUACGGCAUGCUGCUGCCCUGCGGCGUGGACCAGUUCCACGGCACCGAGUACGUGUGCUGCCCUCCGACCAAGGCCGCGGAGGCGGCGGCUGUGUCAAAGGAAGAUGAGGACGAGGAAGGAGAGGAAGAGGAGGAGGAAGACUAUGAUGUUUAUAAAAGUGAAUUCCCUACCGAAGCAGAUCUGGAGGACUUCACCGAGGCAGCUGCGGACGAGGAUGGCGAGGACGAGGACGACGAGGAGGACGACGACGACGACGAGGAGGAAGUGGUGGAAGACCGAGACGACUACUACUAUGACACCUUCAAAGGGGACGACUACAACGAGGAGACCCCCACGGCGCCCAGCAGCGACGGGGCCAUCUCGGCCAAGGAGAUGCCUCACGACGUGAAAGCUGUCUGCUCCCAGGAGGCGAUGACGGGGCCCUGCCGGGCCGUGAUGCCCCGUUGGUACUUCGACCUCUCCAAGGGGAAGUGCGUGCGCUUUAUAUAUGGCGGCUGCGGAGGCAACAGGAACAAUUUUGAGUCUGAGGAUUAUUGUAUGGCUGUGUGUAAAGCGAUGAUUCCCCCAACUCCUCUGCCGACCAGUGACGUGGAUGUGUAUUUCGAGACCUCUGCGGAUGACAACGAGCAUGCCCGCUUCCAGAAGGCGAAGGAGCAGCUGGAAAUCCGGCACCGCAACCGCAUGGACAGGGUAAAGAAGGAGUGGGAAGAGGCUGAGCUUCAAGCAAAGAACCUCCCUAAAGCAGAGAGGCAGACGCUGAUCCAGCACUUCCAAGCGAUGGUGAAAGCUUUGGAGAAAGAAGCCGCCAGCGAGAAGCAGCAGCUGGUGGAAACGCACCUGGCCCGGGUGGAAGCCAUGCUGAACGACCGCCGCCGCAUGGCGCUGGAGAACUACCUGGCCGCCCUGCAGGCCGACCCGCCGCGGCCUCAUCGCAUCCUCCAGGCCCUGCGGCGGUACGUCCGCGCCGAGAACAAAGACCGCCUGCACACCAUCCGCCACUACCAGCACGUGUUGGCGGUGGACCCGGAGAAGGCGGCUCAGAUGAAAUCCCAGGUGAUGACGCAUCUCCACGUGAUUGAGGAAAGGAGGAACCAGAGCCUCUCUCUGCUCUACAAAGUACCCUAUGUAGCCCAGGAGAUCCAAGAGGAAAUUGAUGAGCUGCUUCAGGAACAGCGUGCAGACAUGGACCAGUUCACGUCCUCCAUCUCAGAGACCCCCGUGGACGUCCGGGUGAGCUCUGAAGAAAGUGAUGAGAUCCCACCAUUCCGCCCCUUCCAUCCCUUCCCGUCCUUACCUGAGAACGAAGGCUCUGGAUUGGCCGAGCAGGACGGAGGGCUGAUAGGCGCCGAGGAGAAGGUGAUCAACAGCAAGAACAAAGUGGAUGAGAACAUGGUCAUUGACGAGACUCUGGAUGUGAAGGAGAUGAUCUUCAAUUCUGAGAGAGUUGGAGGCCUUGAGGAAGAGCCGGAAUCGGUGGGGCAGCUGCGGGAGGACUUCAGUCUGAGCAGCAGUGCCCUCAUCGGCCUGCUGGUCAUCGCGGUGGCCAUAGCCACGGUCAUCGUCAUCAGCCUGGUGAUGCUGAGGAAGAGGCAGUACGGCACCAUCAGCCAUGGGAUCGUGGAGGUCGACCCCAUGCUCACCCCCGAGGAGCGCCACCUGAACAAGAUGCAGAACCACGGCUAUGAAAACCCGACCUACAAGUAUCUUGAGCAGAUGCAGGUCUAA